AUUAGUGAAAGAGACUUUGCUCACAUGAUCCUGCGUUAUGCCUCACUCAGUAAACAAAAGAAGAAGCAAAGGGUCAAGAGAAUUAAGAAGAAAUUUGGACCCAAACCUAAUCAGGGUGUUAAUUUUGAAGAUGUUAAAUUCUUUGAUCAUUAAUUUUGAUGGAUUGUCUCUCUGACAUAGAUGCAGCACUGGGUAUGUAUAAUGCAGCUGGAACCUCUAUAACACCUGCUGAGCUUAAUGAAGCUUGCAAGACUGUCACUGGCUCGUCUGUCAGCAGUCAUCUUGUUGAUGUCCUUUUCACAAUUUUUGAUGAGAAUAAUGACGGUGAAUUAAGUAGAAAGGAGUUUGUACACGUUUUAAAAUCAAGAAACUCAUGCGGUUUGCAAAAGUCAUGAGAAUUAGGAUUAGCCAAACUAAUGAACUCUGUUGUGGCUUGCUCUGCAAAAGCAGUCAAAGAUAAACUAGGGAUUGAAGCUUGAGUUGGUGCUAUGGUGUGGUCAAUCAAGUCAGGAUUAUAAAAUAUUUUAUAUUAUAAUAGAAAUAUCUUUUAGUGAUGGCAAGAUAGAAUAUAUAUUUUAUUUUUAUGUACACCAUUCUAUUUGAGUAGCAACAGUACAGAAACAUUUGAUUAUAUUCACUUUUUUAAGCAAUUAUAAUUAAAUGUA